AUGGAAACGAAACGUUCAACAACUCGUAUGCUUCAACGUGUUGUAAAUUUAACAAAACAUGUUCAUGAUUUUCGAUCAUCUGUAAAUGUAACAAUUCCAUCUUGGUAUAAUUAUUCAUAUGCAAGUGUAGAUUUUGAUCAAGUUCAUGGAGUAAGUCCUAUUACUAUCAAUCAAAAUUUACAAACAUCACCAUAUAUUCCUGGUCCUUAUCGAAAAUUUGAUUUUUCACGUGCACAAAAACUUCUUCAAUUUGAAUUUAAUCGUCGAUGUGCUGCUAUAUCAAAAUUAAUUCGAUAUGAUACAAAAUUAUGUCGAGAACUUGUUCAAGAUUUAUCACAACAAUUACGUCGUAUGACUAAACCUGAUAUAUUAAAUAGCACUCGAUAUAAAAUUAUUGUACUUGUUACUAUUGUACAAACAAUACCGGAUCGACAACAACAUCAAUCAUUGACUAUUGUAUCAAGAUGUUUAUGGAAUCAUGAAACUGAUGGAUCAGUAACUCUACAAGCACCAUUAGGAUAUGAUAUGCUUGCUAUUGCAACUGUUUUUGCAGUUUAUACAGACUAA